AUGGGCAGCAGCAUUCGGACCCGUCAGCGAAGCUACGGACCAAAACCUCCGCGCCCAUCGACAGCUCUUGUCGACUCGACAGUCAUUCCAGCGCUCCGUUAUGCAGCGGAGACGUGGUCAAACACGGCUGCAUCGUCUAGGAAGCUACUCAUUAUCCACAGAACCUUUGAGAGAUGUCUUCUGAAGUUUAGGCGGCGCACACAACAUAUAACCGGUCUUCGCGGCUCCGACUUGAGAGCAAUGUUUCUUCUUCGCGACUUAGCGGACUAUAUAUCGGAAGCAAAGUAUAGAUGA